AUAGUUUUAUUUCCCAAUGUAGAACUACUGUCUCAAUGAUAAUGAUUAAAUCAUGAUUUAAUUUCUAAGAAUACAACAAAACCUGUGAAGACUUUGCUGAUGAGAGGCACGAGAAAAACCAUAAAAUACGACAACGAAUACACGUGAAAAAUUAACCGCAUCCACAAGAAAUUGUACGAGUUUUCUUAAAUCACAAGGAUAAGAACAUGUAAAAAUCUCAGCUGAAUUUAUUGCAAACAACAAAAACGUCAAAGCCUUCCCGUCACUCAUGCAGCCACAAAUCUCUUCCCUGUACCACAAGUUUCCUUUCCAAGACAAAGAAAACCACCGUCGCGGACAAAACCAUCUCCAUUAAUCUCUCCAAACCUCACAACCUCAUUUCCUGUUAUCCAUUUCCCAGUUAAUCUCUCCGUCCUAAAAUUAUUGUCCAGUUUAGAUUUUCGCUAUUAGUUAAAUUUAUACUAAAAAUGAAAAAAUUUCGGAACGGAGAAAGUAUAUAAUAAUCCCCCACAAUGCCUUCAUCAUCUUCAAACCAGACAGCCACCAUUAAUUCAAUACUCCCUCCAGUACCAGAAUUCUUCAGCUUUCAAAAAAGAAAUACAGUAAUUAUGGAUGUAUGGUCAUGGAUAUGUGAGCUUCCUGAAUCGGAAUCCUGGAAUGAAAACGGCGAAAACUCACUCAGUUUCGAACUCGCAACUCAUCUUCGCCAUUCGAUGAAGCUAAAAGCUGAGAGAACAUUGGCUAAACCGUCCGAUGACGACUCAUCAGAGGCUUCUCUCUUGCUCUCAUUCUCACUUCAGUACUUCUCCUCCUCCUCCCCCAGUAAUGAAGAAGCCGACCCGAAGAGUUCCGAAACGACUCUUUGGGUUUCCGAGAAAUGUAACCUUUCUCAAGAUCAACCUUUCUUGCCUCUCGUCCUCCAAAUCCUCCAAGAAAUCAUUUCACGUGCACCCAACUAUCCGGGUUACGAUUGUUCCUCGUGCCCGCGCUCGCAGCUCCAGACCCUGAAACCCGAACCCGUUUCGUGGAUCCUGGAUUCCCACUCCCAAGAAUCAUUCUCCAGUUUCUUCAACCUCAUCUUCCUGACCCGACUCUUCUGGUUAUGCGUCUUCGAAGCCCCAUCCGAAGUGGGCUCUCUUUACUUCCGCUCAUUACUCUCCCCAAACCUCGAAACCUUUUCGUGUAAACACGCCCCGGUUCUCAAAACUUUCUUCCUCUCAGUAGGAACCGACGUCGAGCUUUGUUUCAUGCGGACUUUCAGUUACAUGCUGGCGAAAUCUCUCCUUUUCCGGGACAUCGGAAUGGGAGCGUUAACGCCGGCGAAGCCGACAAGCGUGAGCAAACUCGGCGUGAGUUACGCGACGGAGUCUCACGGGAUGUGGAUUCUGAAAGGAUAUAUUCCGGUCAACGCUAUGGAUUGCGUCGUAUCCAACCGGCGUCCGAACGUUGAGAAGAAUCCGUUCUACACGUUGAUUGAGCCUAAAGAAUCUGUGCUUAAAUACACUUUAGCCCAUCAGCAGCUCGAAGCCGUGAUUCAGUUUGAAUAUAAGGCGGCUUUCUGUGACGGGUUCAUUCAAGUUCAAGCUAAUUUGGACAACAUUCGACUCCAUGUCGUAAAACUAGGAUUCAAGAACAAAGGAGAUGGAAGCCAGGUUAAUGAAGAGGAUGUGUUGCUGAAGGAGAAGCAUUUUCCAUCGCGGGUUCGAGUUUGGGUUGGGCCUGAGGUUGGGGCUAAUUACGUGGGCAGCUUGAGUUUGGGCCGGUCCACGGAUAAUGUUGAGAGGGAGGUAGAAAUGCAGAAGAUAUUGCAAGGGAGUUUGGGGAAGGUGAAAGUUCCGAAGGUGAAGGGAAAGGCAAGAAUGGCAAGCAAGACAAAGCUGAAAAACUGGAGGUGGGACCAGGAUGUGGAUGGAAAUGCUGCUGUUUUUGAUGGGAUUUUGUGUGAUAAUACAACUGGCGCUGAGAUUGCCACGUGGAAGCCUCCUAGUGGUGGUGGAGAUAAUAGUAAUUACUUGAUGAUGGUAAAUAAUUUUGCUAGGAGGUAUAGUGGAGGGAAUAGGGCUUUUACUAAGAGUGGUGGAGUGGUGUUCGCCGGAGCGGAGGAGUUUGGCGGCGGCGGGGAGAACGGCGGCGGUGGUGUAGGGUGGAGGUUGAGUAAAGAUAUGGAAGGGAGUGUGUUGAAGUGGAGGAUUGGGGUUCAAGUUUGGUUGAGUUAUUUUCCAAAUGAUGUGAAGGCUUCAUAUUUUGAGACUAGGAUGGUGGAUUGGUGUGAUGAAGUUGACUUGCCUCUAAUUCCUAGUAAACAUACUUAGAACUUAUUGAUGAAUAUGACAUGUCCAUUAGCUUAUGACUCUUGUAUGUACGUGGUAAGUACUAUUACUAGUAAGUGAUUAUUUAUAUCUUUCACUUCGAAAAAUUAUUGUUUAAUACAUGCUGUAAUUUAUAUAUAUAUAUAUUUGAUAAAUUUGUGCUUUAUCAUUAUGAUUGGAAGGAUAACUAAUAAAUGAACAAGUUCAUUAUGAGCUAAACUUAUUUACAG